GGGCUUGACAGUUUCACUUGAGAGCGCAAAAAUGAACUAAACCCUGACAACGACUCGUGACCGGCUGAAUUUUUUAUCAGGGCAUUGUUCUUGGUCACUGGACUUUAGCGCAUAUGGGUUAUAGAUGAGCCGACAUUGUAAAGAACAGGUUGUGCUAUUACUAUCUCUUGUCGAUGCUUGACACCGUCGUAGCUGAUUAAAAAAUUAUCUCUUGUCUUCUUGCCAUGAACGUACGAUAUACUCGCCAAGUGGUCAGAUGACAUUCAAACAGAGUACGACUAACUCCUACCACAGACCCAAGAUCUAACAGACUGGAAUACUACACAUUCGUAACAAGCGCUGAAUGAAAUUUCUCGACAACUAGACUUUUAACUCUCUCUGGUGAAGUUAAACAAUGGCUUUAGCAAGUGGGCUUCAGUAUAUAGACAAUUUAGCACUAAGAUUUAGUUUACAUGGACUAGAAGAUUCGUUCGCUGGGAAGCCUACAUUUUGCUUCUCAUGGUCCGAGCCGUUCGACUUAGACACCGUAGCAGGCAAGCUGGCGAGCAACCCAAAAAGAAGUCGAAGUUUUCCUACGACUUUUGCUAAAGGAACGCAUGGGAACAUCGACAAACGAGAACAUAUAAGACCUAAGUCUAAACCUCCGUUCCGCAGUUUAAACGAUGGAGAUACCAAGAAUACUGUUCAAUCGGAUAAACAGUUUAAUGAUAAGUCCAGUGAUGCAUAUGCGAGUAAAUCAGAGGGUUGUAAGGGAAUCGAGGAAGAAUCCUCCGACGAGGAACUCUGCGACUUAAUGGCCGAGCAGGAAAACAUACAAUUUACACAAGAACACACUUCGGUUAAACGCUGCGAAAAGGAUGCUAGCGAGCUGGAAAUUUGUGAAAGAAAGAAAGAGUCCCGGAAACGAUUUCUAGAGGAAAUAGAUACAUAUUCGAGCAGAAAUGCAAAACGUCCGAGGCCAAGGCUGGACUUUCAUAAAGUUCUUCAGUCAAGGACAAGGCAAAUUGAGGAUAACAGCACUCAAAGAAAUAUUGGAACUUAUUUUUCACCAAUUACUGAUUCCGAUCCAGAGGACUGACAAUAAUGACACUUUUUUCUACUAUAGUACGGCGUGAAAGUCAAGCUCACAUUUGGACAAAAGUUUCAUUUAAAAGUUUCAUUUAACACACGGACUUCUUGCACCAAUUAUACUCCAGGCAAAUAAAGGAUAGUAAGCUAUAAAACAAGUCCGACUAACACAUUCUGUGAAUCCGAAGAACAUUUAGUAUUCAAAAUUUGAAUGAGGACAAGCAAGGGUGACAUUUUUACGAAAUAUAAUCAAUGAUUUUAUAAUUCUUAACUGAAUACAACUCAACAACAAACGAAAACAACGAACGAAAGACACUAUAUAAGUGUUUAUAUACUUUUAGUCUCAAGGGAAUAAAAAAUAUGGGAAAGGAGGUUGGAUCAUUUUCGUUUUCGCCGCUACCUGUUCCUAUGCGGUUCGUCGGUUAGCCAUUAAGGCAUAUUAAUUAUGUUAAUAACAUGUAAAAAAGUUCUUAUAAAAGAAGAAACUAUAAAAAAUAUCACCCCAAAAAAAUAAUUAUAUAGAUAUAUAUUUAUUGAAGACAAAUUAAAUCUUUAUAUAUACGAAA